AUGGCCCCUUCCUUCACCUUUCUGCUCUUCAUCAUUUUGCUGAAUGGCACGUCCUCCACUCGGAGUGGGCAUCGCAAACUGCUGAAUAAUAAGAUCAAACAACAACACUUCUGUUUGGGGUGUGUGAUCAUGGUGUCUGUAAUUGAACAGCUAUCUCAGUUCCACAAUUCUACAGUAAAAGAAGCUCUGGGAAGACUCUGUAGCUACUUACCUGAAAAGUUGGAGUUGAAAAACGUUUGCUCUUUGGUUGCUCAUAUUUUUGGACCAGAUAUAAUUAAACUAUUAGAAAAUAAAAUUAACGCUGAGGUGGUGUGCUAUUCCAUUAAGCUAUGUAAACGGAAGGAAGGCCAACCGUUUUGUCAUCUAUACCAUUCUUCUAAGGCUGGAUUAAAUAUGGCUAUAAAGGAAGCAAAAGAAACGGCUACAACUAGGAUCUUGAAAAACAUUCAUGGAUUAUCAAGCAUAUGUUCACUUCCUUUUCUGAAGAAUCUGUGUGAGAAAAUAGAAAAUGUUAUAGACAGUGACUUACCUUUUAAAGACUUUGAUGGAGAUAAAUUUAGUACCUUCCCCACCUUGAGAGGAUAUCAUUGGCGAGGCAGAGACUGCGACGACAAAACGGCCUCUGUGUAUCCGGGAAGACGCCCUGAUAAUUGGGAUGCGCAGCAGGAUUCUAACUGUAAUGGCAUAUGGGGUGUUGAUCAAAAAGAUGGCAUCCCAUAUGAGCAAAAAUUCUGUAAUGGUACAGAGCCCAUGGGGGUUGUCCUGUUGGGAGACUCAGCUGGGGCUCACUUCCACAUACCUCCUGAAUGGUUAACAGCAUCGCAGAUUUCACCGAAAACGUAUUCUGACCUUCCUGCCGCCUUGGCCAAUGAGCUUGAUUGGCCCCAGUUUUCAGAAACUACUGGAUUUCUGAACUCUACAAUUGGAGGACGGACAGACUCAAUCUACCUGCGUUUACACAAAAGAAACCGCUGCAACCACAGAGAUUACCAGAGUAUUUCUAAAAAUGGUGCCUCAUCAGGAAAGAUUUGGAAUCUAGUUGAAAGCCUGGCAAGGAGUCAGCAGUUUGACAAGCCUGCGAUAGUUACCUAUGCAAUGAUCGGGAACGAUGUCUGCAAUGGAAAGGCUGACACAGUGGCAGCCAUGACUACGCCUGAGGAAAUGCACUUCAAUGUUCUAAAGGGUCUACGUUCUCUAAACAGCCUUCUUCCCAAAGGGAGCCAUGUGAUUUUAGUUGGCUUGGUCGAUGGUCGCUUCUUAUGGGAUAACUUGCAUGACAGAUACCAUCCUCUUGGCCAGUUAAACAAAGACAUCACAUACGAACAAGUUUAUUCAUUUCUUGGUUGUCUUGAGCUCAAUCCUUGCAAUGGAUGGUUGUCUUCAAAUGGCACCCUUAGGAACAUCACCUCAGAGAGGGCAUCACUACUUUCCAGUGUCCUGAGAAGAAUAGCAAAAUCUGAGAAAUAUGCCAAUUUUGACCUUUUCUACAUGGAUUACCCACUGAAAGAAAUUACGGAAGAAUGGCACAGGUUGGGAGGCGAAAACUGGCAACUCAUAGAACCUGUUGAUGGGUUUCAUCCUAAUCAGAUUGCCUCUGUACUUCUGGCAAGAAUCUUCUGGGAGAAGAUACUCCAUGAAUGGCCUCACGUCCUUGGAGAAGUGAAUCCGUUCAACAACCAGAUUGCAGCAGUAUUCAAAGAUCAAGGAGGAUACUGAAUUCAGUGCUGAAGUCACUGGCAAUCCACCUUUUAUAAUGAAGAAUACUCACCCCAACAAAAUGAUGCUAGGCCAGGAGACGGCAUCCCCUGGUAUAUAUGUCAAACAGUAACAUGCAAAACCAUUUUGCCUGGCCAGUUCUCCACUCAAACAGCCCAGCUGAGCUUCUGAGGCACUGGCAGCAGCAGCAUGCAUGAAGGUAACAGGUAUGGCUUAUGCCAGUCAUGGCCUCCCAGACCUAUGCGUCUACCAGCCAGGUCCAGGGCUGAUGCUUGUGGCAUUAGCAAUGCCAGGGGGAGGGUUUGACUCCUCCUCUGGGUGUACGGGUCAAGUUUACUCUUGUGUAUCCCCUCCCCUUUCGUCUGCCAGUACGCUAACCUCUUCACAAGUAGACGUGUUUUUUCUGGCACACAGGCCACAAAUUUUGCCUACCUCUUCCUAAGCAAGCCUUUAUUUAGGGACCAUAGACUUCACCACCACGUUACCUUGCAUAUUAUCUGUUGCUCAAAUACGUACUAUAUUACCUGUGCUUCAUGUUAUCUAAUGUCAGUCUUAGAAUUAAUUAUGUUCUGUUUCAGCAAUUCUUCAGUUCUGUAUUAGAUCCUUGCUAAUGCUGCGUCUUUGUAAAAUCCCAGGGCUCAUUUUGAGGGGGAACGUGCAGGAACGCAGUUCCGGUAGUUCCCAAAAAAGGGCACAUGACAGGUGACCCCACCCACCUGACUCUCAGACAUUUGGGGCCCAUUUCAGCCUGGAUUGGGGCUGAAACGGCCCGGAUCGGGCCUCUGACUGGUGGUGGAUCACUUUCCCGCUCAGCAGUGGCCUGAUCCUGACCAUUUUGGGUCUCUUUUCGGCCAUUUUCAGCCCCUUUUGGCCAUUUUGGGCCCAAUUUCAGCCCUCAAUGGCCAAGAUUGGGUCCAAAACAGCCAGGAUAGGUGAUGUCAGGGGGUGUGGUAUAUGCAAAUCAGGUAUGCUAAUGACACAUUUCCGGUGAUGUCAAGAGGUGUGGCAUAUACUAAUGAAUUAUGCUAAUGAGUUCCUCCAGCUCUUUUUGUACGAAAUGACCCCUGUAAAAUCCUAUGAGGUUGUUGUGGAAAAGUCCUUGAUACUAUAUGGAAAUGUCCUUGAUACUGAUUGUACUAAUAUCACGCUAUGUAAUCUGCCUUGAGUCUCAGUGAGAAAGGCAGACUGUAAAUAAAUAAGUAAAUAAAUAAAUAAAUAAAUAGUACUGGAACAUCAAGAGUUGACCAGUACGUAAGUGGCCAAACAGCUUUUUAAAUCAGCUAGAUGAAAAUUUUCCCCACUGUUUAACUCACCAAUUCGCAAAUCCACACAAUUGCAUUUUCUACUGUGGACAAAUGCAUAGGCUUAACUCAAGUAUGCUCCCAGUUGGUUUUCUUUGGUAUGAUUUCACUACAUAAUCUGAUUAAACAGCUUUUCUGUGUGCUUUAUAAUUGUGCACACUGCAUCUCUGUCACUAUAGCACAUUGUUUGAUAAAAGCUUGCCGCCCUAAUAUGCUACAUAAGCAGAUUGGUUGAUUAAUCACCUAAAGCUUCAAUUAACCCAUCUUUCAGAGUGUGGGUUUUAAUUAAUGAGAACCAAUGUAAUGGAUGGGAAAGAGGGUUAAGGGCACACACUGGACAUGAUCCAACAUCAGUGAAACGCUUUCAAAUUCUGUGCGUAUAAUUAAAGAAGUUUCCUUACCUGGCAUAAGGGAUCCAAUUCAAUCAGGUUUAAAAGAACUCAUUAUUUUUUAGGCUAUUUUGGCUCUGGUGUGAUUAAUAUUAAAAUACCACUUCUAAAAA